AUGGCCUUUCAGGACCUCCUGGAUCAAGUGGGAGGCCUAGGAAGAUUCCAGAUCCUUCAGAUGGUUUUCCUUUGUAUCUCCAGCCUCAUAGUGUACCCUCACAUCCUAUUGGAGAACUUCACGGCAGCUGUCCCUGGCCAUCGCUGCUGGGUCCACAUCCUUGACAAUGACACUGCCUCUGCUAAUAGCACUGGGACCCUCAGCCAAGAUGCCCUCCUGAGAAUCUCCAUCCCCCUGGACUCAAACUUGAAGCCAGAGAAGUGUCGUCGCUUCCUCCACCCCCAGUGGCAGCUCCUUCACCUGAAUGGAACCUUCCCCAAUGUGACUGAUCUGGACACGGAGCCCUGUGUGGACGGCUGGGUGUAUGAUCAUAGCUUCUUCUCCUCCACCAUCGUGACGGAGUGGGACCUGGUAUGUGAUUAUCAGUCACUGACCUCAGUGCCUAAGUUCCUCUGCAUCACUGGAAUGCUGGUGGGAGGCAUCCUAUACAGCCAUUUAUCAGACAGGUUUGGGAGAAAGUUAAUACUCAGCUGGUGUUUGCUCCAGCUCGCCCUUGCUGACACCUGUGCCGUCAUCGCUCCCAACUUCCCCAUUUACUGCUUACUACGUUUCUUGGCUGGGCUUCCUGCUGUAACCGUCUUAGUCAAUAGCAAUAUGCUCAUUAUAGAAUGGAUGGUGCCCCAAUUCCAAGCCAUGGGAAUAGCACUGGUAACCUCUGCCGCUGGUGUUGGACAGAUACUCUUAGGUGGUUUAGCUUUUGCCUUUCAAGACUGGUGCACCUUCCAGCUGGUGAUUUCUGUGCCAUUAUUUGUCAGCUUUCUGUCUUCAAGGUGGCUGGCAGAAUCUGCUCGGUGGCUGAUUGUUGCCAACAGACCUGAGGAGGGCUUAAAGGAACUCAGAAAAGUCGCGCACCGGAAUGGGAGGCAGAACGCUGGAGACACCCUGACCAUUGAGGUCGUGAGAGCCACCAUGCAGGAGGAGCUGGAGGCAGCACAGACCAAAACUUCUGUAUUCGACUUGUGCCGCACACCCAACCUGCGUAAAAGGACCUGUGUCCUGUCCUUUGUGAGAUUUCUAGUCUCCAUACCAGUUUUUGCCCUGGUCCUCCACCUCCAGCUCUUCGGGGAAAAUGUUUUCCUACUCCAGAUUCUCUUUGGUAUAAUCAACACUCCAAGCAAUUGUGUUGCAUUUUUGGCACUGAAUCACCUGGGCCGGCGAGUAAGCCAGAUCCUUUUCACGUUCCUGCAGGCCGUCUUCAUUCUGGUCCUGACCUUCAUCCCCCAAGAAAUGCAGACCGUGCGUAUGGUUUUGGCAAGUUUGGCAGCAGGAUUUUCUUCUGCUACAUUCACCAGUUCGGUUUCCCAUGCCUUUGAACUGAUUCCCACUACAAUCAGGGCAACCUCUACAGGAGUCCUGGGAAUUGCUGGUGGUACUGGGGCAGCCCUGUCCCCUCUCUUGAUGAUCCUAACAGUGUAUUCUCCCCACCUGCCCUGGAUCAUCUGUGGCAUCUUCUCCCUCCUCGCUGGCUUUGUUGUCCUACUCCUUCCUGAAACGAAGAAUCAGCCUCUGCCUGACUCCAUCCAGGACGUGGAAAAUAGGAGAAGAGAUUCAAGAAAAGAAGGGCAGGAAGAUACCUUCAUGAAAGUGACACAGUUGUAAGGAACUUCAAUAACGAACUGUCAAUUCAAGAACAUAAUGAAAGGAAAAGAGAGAGAGAGAGAAUUUCCUAGAUGCUGG